UUCCCUCCUCUCCCACGAUCUGAAGACUGAAGGUCGGCUUGUGGGCUAGGCUCCAAAAGUUCCCCUCUGUAGUAACCACAACGGAAGAGAGCGUCUAGGAGUGAGAGCGAGAGAGGGGGAGAAAGCGAGAGCAGCUCGAGAUCGCCUUGCUAGUGGCGGACGAGUGUAGAUCUACGUACGAGAUCAGGACUCCCUGGUUUGUUCAAGGAUAGGGAUUCGCCACUACCACCUUCUUGAUCUCGGCGUUGGAUUUGGGAAGCAGAGAAAACCCUAGCUUCGCGCGUCGCGUCUUCAAGUUCAGGUUCCGAACUCUCGGUAACGACCUUCCGCUCGGUGUGUACUCUGUUCAUCACUUCAUCCUAUAAUGAGAGCAUGAUGGUGCGUGAGCAAGAGAAGAGAUUUCCUGCCAAUUCUAACGACUACAAAUUAUUUGAGAAAAUUGGUGAAGGUGUCAGUGCUACUGUCUACAGGGCUCUUUGUAUCCCCCUAAAUAAAACAGUUGCUAUCAAGAUUUUGGACCUCGAGAAAUGCAGUCGUGAUCUGGAUGGGGUCAGACAUGAAGUGCGAACAAUGAGUUUGGUUGAUCAUCCAAAUGUACUACAUGCACAUUGCUCUUUUACAUCGGGUCACAUGCUUUGGGUUGUGAUGCCUUUCAUGGCCGGAGGGUCUUGCCUUCAUAUAAUGAAAUCUGCUUAUCCAGAGGGCUUUGAUGAGCCAGUUAUUGCCACUCUUCUACGUGAGGUUCUUAAAGCUCUCGUUUAUCUCCAUGGUCAUGGACAUAUCCAUAGAGAUGUUAAGGCUGGAAAUGUCUUAAUUAAUUCUGAUGGAACUGUUAAGCUAGCGGAUUUUGGGGUCUCAGCUUGCAUGUUUGAUACCGGGAAUAGGCAACGUUCUCAAAAUACAUUUGCAGGAACUCCAUGCUGGAUGGCUCCUGAAGUAAUGCAGCAAUUAAAUGGAUAUAAUUUUAAAGCAGAUAUUUGGUCAUUUGGCAUAAUGGCACUGGAACUAGCACAUGGUCAUGCUCCAUUUUCUAAGUAUCCUCUGAUGAAGGUGUUGCUUAUGACCUUGCAAAAUUCGCCACCUGGUCUUGAUUAUGAAAGGGACAAGAGAUUUACAAAGACUUUUAAAGAUAUGGUAGCUACUUGCUUAGCGAAAGAUCCAAAGAAGCGACCCACCUCAGAAAAACUUUUGAGGCAUGCUUUCUUCACAAACGCUCAUUCCAAAGAAUAUCUAGUGCGAACGAUUCUGGAUAGCCUUCCUCCUCUUGGUGAUCAUUUUAGGCGACAAAAGGGAAAAGAGGUUGAUUUUCUUCUACAGAACAAGGCUCUGUGUGGAGGUAAAGAGCAAUUAUCACAGCAGGAGUUCAUUCGAGGAAUCAGUGGUUGGAAUUUUGAUCUGGAAGAAUUGAAAACUCAGGCCUCUCUUAUUAAGUCAUCAGAUGAUAAUUCAGAAGAUCGGGACAUGAAUCACAAAUUGAAGGAUGGACAUGAUGAGGUUGAUUAUACACGAGAGGCUCUGUCAACUGAAAGGGUUAGCCAGGAUAGCAAUGCAAGUUCAAGAGAAGUGUUGUCACUAGACCAAAUUAGUUUUUCUCUAUUUUCUUCUGCCUUAAUUAUUUUCAAACCCUUAUCACAUUUUUCUAGAUUUUCUGACAUCUCUCUUUUCUUAGGAUGGGCGUCAAGAUCUUCAGGAAUUGGGAGGUCUAUUUGCCUCUUCAUUUUCACUUCAUCCUCUUCAGGCACUAGAUCAAAUGCAGAAUCAGAAGUCCCAUGGGAACCAUCAUCCAUAGCAGAAGAUCUGAAUGCUGGCAACAACAGUGGUGGAAAUGGGGGGAAAAAAAAUCCUGUAUUCCAAAAUAUUGAUGUUCUUGGAUGCCAGAACUUUUUAAGUGGUUCUCUUCUACCAGAACGCAUUCUUUUGCUUCACAAGAAUUCUGAGAUGGAUGCAGAAAGGGAACAAAAAUAUAAAUGUGAAAGAAAUCAUAGUGGUCCUUUAUCAUACCGCCAUAUGAGAGGUUUCCACACCUAUACCUCAGCAAACAUGCAUGAUGAAUCAUCUGGAGGACUUGUCAUCCAACGUAAGGGGCGUUUCAAGGUCACUUCAUCGGAUGCUGGCUUGAAGGAAGAACCAUUGGUAGACUACUUGAUAAAUGAAGUUGGUGGAGUGUCAGCAAUUCCUACAGUAGACACUGCUGCAGUCCUUCCAUCUUUGCAAUAUUUGUUGCAGCAAAAUGCUAUGCAAAAGGAACAACUAAUUAAGUUGAUCAGGUGUCUGGAGCAAACAUAUACUAAUCAGAUGGAGCAUCCUGAUGCAGGCAAUACUAGCUUACUCCAGGGUAUAAAAUGGAAUACAAAAGAAAGGAAAGAAGAAGAAAUUAUAGGAAGGGGGAAGUGCUGCCUAACACCAUACCAGCAGCUCACACAAAAUCGCAAAGCAGACCUUCCCAGCACGCCCCAACACACACCAGGGCUCUCUCACGGGCCCAAAGCGAACAUCACAGACACAGGAAGGCCUACCCCUAAAAAAACAAGACUAUACAAUUAGAGUAAAUGAAGAAUCCAACACCCAGAAGAUGGGAGAUUCAUGAAGUAAUGAGGAGGCUGAUUGCUGUAAUGAAAUUUGUGUUGGCUCUUUCCAACAUUCUCUCAAAAAGAAAUGCACUUUUUUUGGUCUCCAAACAGUGCUUGAGAGAUAAAAUAGAAUACCGUUCAUUGUACAGAAUGCUGCAUGCUUCUAUCAGUUUCCUCUACCAUCAAGAGAUUGGAGGACGGAAAUGGAAAAUAGAAAAAGCCACGACUCCUGAUGGUUGUGCAGUCAGGAAGUCGCACAAGAGUUAGUACUUCGUAGUGUAGAUAGGAAUGAACUAUGAUUAGAUAAAAGAUGCAUGUAGUUAUAUAUUAUUAUGUAGUAGUUGAUUUAACCUAGAAUAAGACUCACAGAGAAAAGAACCUCAGCCUAUUUCCUGUUCGAGUCAGCUAGUGCAAAUGGAGCAUGUGCUCUAAGCCCCAUGAGAGUGUAAAUUCAGAAACAAAUAUGAAACAUUUUGGCAUUUAGCUAUAUGCAUCUGUACAUUUGGAGAUAUGUCUAUACGUCACAAGGCAAGCAACACUAGCUUGUCUUGAUAAUGGUGAUAUGGACGAUUCAGUAA